GUGUGUGUGCGUGCGUGUGCGUUGGUCUGUGUUCAUGCUCUCUUUCAGCCCCUCCAGGAGUCUUGGUGAAUGAAAAAACAGAACCAAUGUCUGGGUAGUAAUUUACAGUAAUUUGCUGGUCAGAGACAGCAGACACACAGUCUAUUGAGAGAAAAGCCAAACUCCAGUACUCCUCUGAGCCAGGAGACAGACAGUCAAUUUCCCUCACACUCACUGCCAGCCUUGGCCUGGACUCGGGUAGUUUACAGAGAUACACUCUAUGUGAGACUGUGCAGAGACUCUAAACAUGGCCACUUAAGCUGCUCCUUGACUACGGCAUGAAUGGAUGUGUGUGGAGUUGGGGUGACAUUCUUGGUGGCUAGCUAGUUUCCCAUAAUCUGAAGAUAUGGCUGACUAUUCAAAAGUGAAAAUAACAAAACUUGUUUUGAAAGGACUAAACAAGGGAAAGAAGAAGAAGCACAAGGAUAAGAAGAGAAAAAGGGACGAUGCACAAGAUAAACCGGAUAUUGUUGGUGGAUGGUGGUGUAUCAGUGGCUUUGGGGAGAUUUCAGGAACGGUUGCAAUAGAGAUGCAGACUAAUUCCUACAUCCAUGCCCUGGAUACUGGUCUGUUCACAGUUGGUGCACCACAUCAAGACGAUGAAGGGCCAGACCCCCCGGAGCAGUUCACUGCCAUCAAGCUGUCAGACUCUAGGGUAGCCCUGAAGUCUGGCUAUGGGAAGUAUCUAGGGAUCACCUCGGAGGGGGUCGUGGUGGGGCGUUCCGACGCCAUCGGCUCCCGCGAACAGUGGGAGCCUGUUUUCCAGGACGGAAAAAUGGCUCUCAUGGCAGCAAAUAGCUGUUUCAUCUCUUACAGUGAAUGUGGGGACAUUGAGGCCAAGGGCAAGUUGGCGGGGGAUGACGAGAUGGUUAAGAUCCGGUCAUGCGCGGAGAGGGAGGUCAAGCGAAACGACGACAUUGCCGACGAGGACAGGGGCAACGUGAAGAACUGCGAGCUCAACUACGUAAAGAAGUUCCAGAGUUUCCAAGACAGGCGGCUGAGGGUGAACGAGGAGGACAGCAACACGCUGAAGAUGGCCCGGAAAGACGGGAAGUUCCACGAGGAGCUGUUAGACAGGAGAGCCAAGAUGAAAGCAGACCGAUACUGCAAGUGAAGAUACAAGAAUUUAUGGAUUGUCCACUCGUCUUUGAAUUUCUUAUGUUAAAAUCAAAAAGGCUCUUUUUUUAAUUAGUUUUAUUGUUUGACUGGCAUUGAUGUAUCUGUUUUGAUGGAACUUUUUAAUCAUGAAUACAUUUUAUUUGGUUAAGAGAAAGUAAAA